AAGUUGGAUUUUGAACAUGUUAAAACCAAGAUAAUCAAUGACUUUCUUGAAAAUAGAGAAACUAUAUCUGAAAAUACUAAUAGAGAUCAGAUAUAUGAAAUAAUUGAAUUAUCAAGUGAUGAAGACUGUGCACCUGAAAUAAUUGAAUUAUCAAGUGAUGAUGAAAGUCAAACACCUGAAAUAAUUGAAUUAUCAAAUAAUGAAGAAGUGGUGUUUGAAGAAAACCAAAUGGCUGUUUCUAGAAAUCGAACACCUAAAACAGCAGAAUAA